AUGUGCAAGGAUCCAGAGAACAAAGUAGAGCACCCUUAUUCUGAGAAGUCCCGAACUGCUAAAAGAGAUGGGUCCACUUUCAUUUGUAACACACACAUAAUUCCUGUGAAAAACCAAGAGGGUGUGGCUAUGAUGUUCAUCAUUAAUUUUGAAUAUGUGACAGAUGAAGAAAAUGCUGCCUCCCCGGAGAGGGCAAACCCAAUAUUACCAGUCAAAACUGUAAAUCGGAAACUUUUUGGCUUCAAGUUCCCUGGUUUGAGAGUUCUCACUUACAGAAAGCAGUCCUUGCCACAGGAAGACCCUGAUGUGGUGGUUAUUGAUUCAUCCAAACACAGUGAUGAUUCAGUGGCCAUGAAGCCCUUCAAGUCUCCUACAAAAGAGAGCUGCAGCCCCUCUGAAGCAGAUGACACAAAGGCCUUGAUACAGCCCAGCAAAUGCUCUCCCCUGGUGAACAUAUCUGGACCUCUUGACCAUUCCUCUCCCAAAAGACAAUGGGACAGACUCUACCCUGACAUGCUGCAGUCAAGUUGCCAACUGACCCACUCCAGAUCAAGGGAAAGCAUCUGUAGUAUACGAAGAGCAUCUUCAGUUCACGAUAUAGAAGGAUUCGGUGUCCACCCCAAGAGCGUAUUUAGAGAUCGACAUGCCAGUGAAGGGCCUUUUAACCAUAUCAAGUCAAGCCUCCUGGGAUCCACGUCGGAUUCAAACCUCAACAAAUACAGCACCAUUAACAAGAUUCCACAGCUCACUCUGAAUUUUUCAGAUGUCAAAACUGAAAAAAAGAAUACGUCCCCUCCUUCUUCAGAUAAAACUAUUAUUGCACCCAAAGUUAAAGAUCGAACACACAAUGUGACAGAGAAAGUUACCCAGACAGUGCCACUAUGUGGCUAUGCACAAGUUAAACUUCUUGAGAAGAUACAGAAGAAAG